CAUCGUCGGUUGAACCACAACAACCACCAUCGACGAUCACUCGACCGCGGCUAUUUUCGACCCGCGAUCCCGCCUUUCCUUCCGAAACACUCACUCACCAUCGAAUCCUAGCCCUAUUGCCGGCUGGUUGAUGAAAUAAACCAUCUGCGCACCGCGAGUUGAUGCGCACGCCCGCAUCUCGUGGCGAUUUCUAAGCUCGCUCGUCGCCCCGACUCGACCGAGCAUCUGUUUUUUUCACCCUCUCGCCGCAGCCUGCAGCUUGAACCCGCCAUUUUCUCGCUGUUUCUCGCGCAUAGAAAAGGUGCCCACUUCUUCGCCAAGGAAACUCGAAUUCUCGAAUUCUCGACUCUCGAUUCCUUUUUCCGACCCUCGAUUCCUACCUAAUUCAACCUUCGGCAUUCUUUUGUUCGCCUUAGCUCAACAUGGCCGACUUCGGGGCCCAGGGCCAGUACGGCUACGACGAGAGUUAUGGCAAUGAGAACGACGAACAGUACGACCACGAAGCCGAACUCGAGGAUGCCGAAGAUGCGGACGAUAGCAUCACACCCGAAGACUGCUGGGAGGUCAUUCAAUCACAUUUCGACAGCAAAGGCCUGGUUUCACAACAGAUUGACUCGUUCGACGAGUUUACGUCUACCACCAUCCAGUCCCUCGUCGACGAGUACGCCGACUUGACACUCGACCACCCAAACCCAGGCGAUGAUGGCAACAGGGACAUCGCGAUGCGGAGAUACGACAUUCAUUUCGACAACGUCCUGAUUUCCAAGCCGAUGCUCACCGAAGCCACCGGCGAAACCACUAGCCUUCUCCCUUACGAAUGCCGCGACCGGAACCUCACCUACUCUGCGCCUAUGUAUUGCAGAGUAAUGAAGCGUGCCCGUGUCGCCAUCAACGAAGAAGUCGCUUUGAAGGACAUGGACGAAGAGCAGCAGGAGUACAUGGCUCGGACAGGCGAAGCACCCAAAAUCAUCCGCUGGGAGGAGGAAGAUACUGGGCCUAUAGAGGGGUCCGGAAAGGGAGGGGAGGAGAAGGGCGACCUGAUUUUCCUUGGGAAGCUCCCCGUCAUGGUGAAGUCCCAGGUUUGCCAUCUGGCUGGCGAGGACGAGGAGUCACUUUUCCUCCUCAACGAAUGCCCGUACGACCAGGGUGGCUACUUCAUCAUCAACGGUAGCGAAAAGGUUCUGAUCGCCCAAGAGCGUUCUGCCGCCAACAUCGUGCAGGUUUUCAAGAAGCCGCCAGGUGGCAGUGUCUCGUACCAGGCCGAGAUUCGCUCAGCGCUGGAGAAGGGUUCGCGACUGAUCUCGUCGCUGCAAAUGAAACUGCACUCCAAAGGCUCGCCGGAGAAGGGGAGGUUGGCGAACACAGUCAGCGUUACACUGCCGUAUGUGCGCGAGGACGUUUCGCUCGGCAUCGUUUUCCGUGCUCUCGGCAUCGUGUCCGAUGAGGACAUCCUCAACCACAUCUGUUACGAUCGGACAGACACUCAGAUGCUCGAGGCUCUGCGACCCUGCAUCGAAGAAGCUUUUUGCAUCCAGGACCGUGAAAUCGCCCUUGAUUUCAUCGGCAAGCGUGGUAAUGGCAACGCCGGUCAGAACCGCAUGAACCGCGUUCGGGCCGCAAAGGACUUGCUCCAGAAGGAAAUGCUCCCCCACAUUUCGCAGACGGAGGGCUGUGAGACUCGCAAAGCCUUCUUCCUGGGAUACAUGGUGCACAGGUUGCUCCAGUGCUACCUCGGCCGCCGGGAUCCCGACGACCGUGACCACUUCGGCAAGAAGAGAUUGGAUCUCGCCGGUCCUCUGCUGGCGAAGUUGUUCCGCGGCGUCAUCCGCCGCAUGACGCAGGACCUGAUGUCGUACAUGAAGCGCUGCAUCGACACCAACAAGAACUUUUCGCUCGCCCUGGGCAUCAAGCACUCGACACUCACUAAUGGCUUGAAGUACUCUCUCGCGACGGGUAACUGGGGUGACCAAAAGAAGGCGGCGAGCUCGACCGCAGGUGUGUCGCAGGUGUUGAACCGCUACACUUUUGCCUCGACACUGUCCCAUUUGCGGCGCACCAACACGCCUAUUGGGCGCGACGGCAAGCUUGCAAAGCCCCGCCAGCUUCACAACACCCAUUGGGGUUUGGUGUGCCCGGCUGAGACACCCGAAGGCCAGGCUUGCGGUCUCGUCAAGAACUUGUCACUGAUGUGCUACGUCAGUGUGGGCACGCCCGCGGAUCCCAUCGUGGAGUUUAUGAUUGCCCGAGGCAUGGAAGUGCUCGAGGAGUAUGAGCCACUCCGGUACCCGAACGCCACCAAGGUGUUUGUCAACGGUACUUGGGUAGGUGUUCAUCAGGAUCCAAAGCACCUCGUCACACUGGUCCAGGGGCUGCGGAGAAAGAACGUCAUCUCGUUCGAGGUUUCGCUCGUCCGGGACAUUCGUGAUCGCGAGUUCAAGAUCUUCUCAGACGCGGGUCGCGUCAUGAGGCCGCUAUACACGGUGGAGCAAGAGCACAACGGCGACAACGGCGUCGAGACGGGCGCGCUGAUCCUCAACAAGGAGCACAUUGCGCGACUGAAGUUGGACACAGAGAUGGGCAGAUACCAUCCGGACUACUGGGGCUGGCAAGGCCUGUUGAAGUCGGGCGCCAUCGAGUACCUUGACGCCGAGGAGGAGGAGACGGUGAUGAUCUGCAUGACACCCCAGGAUCUCGACCAGUUCCGUGCCCGCAAGAAGGGGAGGUUCGAGCAGGACAACUCCGGGCAGGGGAAUAACAGGAUUAAGACGAAGCCGAAUCCGACGACUCACAUGUACACGCAUUGUGAGAUCCAUCCCAGCAUGCUUCUCGGCAUCUGCGCUAGCAUCAUCCCGUUCCCGGAUCACAACCAGUCACCCAGAAACACAUACCAGUCUGCCAUGGGCAAGCAAGCCAUGGGUUUCUUCCUCACCAACUACUCGCGGCGCAUGGACACGAUGGCCAACAUCCUCUACUACCCGCAGAAGCCGCUGGCCACGACGCGGUCGAUGGAGUUCCUCAAAUUCCGAGAGCUGCCGGCCGGCCAGAACGCCAUCGUUGCAAUCGCUUGCUACUCCGGUUACAACCAAGAAGACUCUGUGAUUAUGAAUCAGAGCAGCAUCGACCGCGGCAUCUUCCGCAGUCUCUUCUUCCGCUCGUACACUGACUGCGAGAAGCGAGUCGGCAUCAACAUCGUUGAGGCGUUCGAGAAGCCCAACAGGAGCGACACGCUUCGCCUGAAGCAUAGUACGUACGACAAGCUCGAUGCGGACGGCCUCGUGGCGCCUGGCAUCCGAGUCUCGGGCGAGGAUAUCAUCAUCGGGAAAACGAGCCCCAUCAACCCCGACAACGCGGAGCUCGGCCAGCGGUCCAACCAGCACGUCAAGCGCGACGCGUCUACGCCGCUUCGUAGCACGGAAAACGGCAUUAUCGACGACGUUGUCGUGACGACCAACCAGGACGGCAUGCGCUACGUCAAGGUCAGGGUCCGCACCACCAAGGUCCCGCAGAUCGGCGACAAGUUUGCGUCCCGUCACGGUCAAAAAGGAACCAUCGGUGUCACGUAUCGGCAGGAGGACAUGCCCUUCACAGCCGAGGGCAUCACUCCCGACAUUAUCAUCAACCCGCACGCCAUUCCCUCCCGUAUGACCAUUGCCCAUUUGAUCGAGUGCCUCCUAUCCAAGGUCUCGACGCUAAAGGGCAUGGAGGGCGACGCGACACCCUUCACCGACGUGACGGUCGACAGCGUGUCGGACCUCCUCCGCGAGCACGGCUACCAGUCCCGUGGCUUCGAGAUCAUGUACCACGGACACACGGGCCGCAAGCUCCGCUCGCAGGUCUUCUUCGGCCCAACCUACUACCAGCGCCUGCGCCACAUGGUCGACGACAAGAUCCACGCGCGCGCCCGCGGCCCGCUGCAGAUCAUGACCCGCCAGCCGGUCGAGGGUCGUGCGCGCGACGGCGGUCUGCGUUUCGGUGAAAUGGAACGUGAUUGCAUGAUUGCGCACGGCGCAGCCAGCUUCUUGAAGGAGCGCCUGUUUGAGGUGUCGGAUGCUUUCCGCGUGCAUAUCUGCGAGAUUUGCGGCCUGAUGACGCCGAUUGCAAACCUCACCAAACAGUCGUUCGAGUGCCGGCCGUGCAAGAACAAGACCAAGAUCGCGCAGGUGCACAUGCCGUACGCGGCCAAGCUGCUCUUCCAGGAGCUCAUGGCCAUGAACAUCGCCUCGCGCAUGUUCACCAGCCGGUCGGGCAUCUCCGUGCGUUAAGCCGAUGUGCUGUGUGGCAUCCAAGGAUGCGCUACAGGAGAAAAAAAGGAAGUAAAAAAUUGCAUGCAUUCGAGGGUCGUUUGGCGUUUCGCUUUUCGCGGUUUACCCCCCCACCCCCGCUUCUUUUUUGCUGGGGAGGAAUCGGCCGUGAUAUUUCAUCGGCUUUUGGUUUACGAUUUGUAUGAAGAUCUCGGGGAUGUGGAUUCGCCGCAGCCGUGUGUUGGAGCCUCGCCCCGUUGAUCCUAACUAAGGCUUUACGGUAGGGUCGUUCCAUCACAGUUAGGCUGCGCGUGAUUUUGGUAAUUUUGACAGCGGGGGUCGCGAUGUUGUGUUGUGAUAUACCAUAUAGUACCGAGUUUGGUGGAAUGCAACCGACUUGAAGAUUAGUUAU